UAAAAUGAAAAGUAGAUGCGUGCAUCAUUUCAUCCCAAAUUUUCUUCCCAAAGGGACUAGAAAUUAGAAAUAUAGUUUGUUCCUCACAAAAUUCCUUGUCUGGCCUCUAAGCUUGUACGUCUUGUUCCAUCUGUGGAAGAUUGAGUUCAGAUCAAAUUCAUCUCAUAAUACGGUUCCAGUCCAUUAUUGCAUAGCUGUGGAUUUAGUAUCUACGUAUCCUUUCAGAGAAACAUAAGCACCUGAAGAAUCUGAUGUCUUGAGUGUUAAAGAAAAAGCCAGUAAAAGAUUUACUUGGAAGAUUCUAACUGUGUUCAGAUUCUAGGGACUACUUAUUCAAGUCAUGUCCAAAGCAGAGUGGCAAAACAGUGGCAAACUUCCUUUCUUGUCAGUCGCCCUGAAACUACAAUGGGAGCCUCCAGUGGACCAAGGCUAUCUGGGAUGCAGAAGCAAGUGCUUGCUCUAUAUAGGGGAUUCUUAAGAGCAGCCCGCUCCAAGCCUGCUGAAGAGAGGAGGCAAAUUGAGUCACUUGUAUCAGCUGAGUUCCACAAAAAUUCUAAGCAAGUUGACCGUAAGAACUUUAUUUAUAUUGAAUACUUACUUCGUCGUGGUAAGAAACAACUUGAUCAGCUCAAGAGCCCUGAUAUUGUUGGAUUGUCGUCCUUAAGUGUUGAUUCUUCACAAACAAGGAAUUCAUCCUCCUAGAUUCUGUACGAAAUACACUCCUUUUCAACUUUACUGGAGUUGGUUGAUUAUACAAUCUCUUGUGCUGGGACUAGCAUAGGGCAUUUGAAUGCCAAAGUUUAUUUACUAACUCAUAUACUAGGGUUCAGAAACAUUAGUAUGGUGCGAGAGUCGUAAUUGCUGUAAAAACAAUUUAAUGACUGGCAAUGGCCCUCAUCUGGAAAAAGAGACGGGUAGAUGGUUUUGUAACCACAGAAAAACCAUCUUUGGCUGAUGUCGAUGCAUUUCGUUUUGGCUCUCUUCAAUAAGAAUCUUGGUUUUUACAGUAAUAAGAUUUGGCAGCCUCUACAACAUUAAUAAAUUCAUUUGCUGCUUGUUCCUGUGGAAGUUACAUGAACGCUUAUGUUGCACGGCACAAUGGUUAAAGGAUUUUAAUCUUAGAUGGCAAUUACCUUUUCUUCAACAGAAAUGCAAGCUAAGCUUGAUAUGGACAGUGUAAAAAUUCUUUAGAAAAAUGUUGCAGAUAACCUAUGCUUGAAUGGUAGUGGUUGUAUUAGCGGUUACAUAUGCGCGUAAUAUUGAUCAUUCUAGUCACAUUAGUUGCUACUUGCUAAUGUGUAGUUGGGGACCAGAUUUGAACAUAAAACAGUGACUUUGAAG